AUGGCUACCGUGCGCGGCAUGGAGCAUACCAAAACCGACCAGGAACUGGCCAUCAACAUCAAGAAAGCCACCAAUGCCGAAGAGAUCUCCCCGAAGCGCAAGCACGUACGAGCAUGUAUCGUCUACACAUGGGAUCACCGGUCCUCGGCCGCCUUCUGGUCCGGCAUCAAGGUCCAACCGAUCCUCGCCGACGAAGUUCAGACGUUCAAGGCCCUCAUCACCAUCCAUAAGGUUCUCCAGGAGGGCCACCCCAGCGCUCUGAAGGAGGCAAUGGCCAACAGGGGCUGGAUCGAGAGCUUGAACCGCGGAAUGGGCGGAGGAGGUGAAGGCAUGCGUGGUUACGGUCCCCUGAUCCGCGAAUACGUUUACUAUCUCCUCGCCAAGCUCUCCUUCCACCAUCAACACCCCGAGUUCAACGGUACCUUCGAGUACGAGGAGUACCUGAGCUUGAAGGCCAUCAACGACCCCAACGAGGGUUACGAGACCAUCAGCGACCUCAUGGUGCUGCAGGACCAGAUCGAGCAGUUCCAGAAGCUGAUUUUCUCUCACUUCCGCAACGUGGGGAACAAUGAGUGCCGAAUCGCCGCCCUUGUACCUUUCGUUCAGGAGAGCUACGGUAUCUACAAGUUCAUCACCAGCAUGCUCCGAGCCAUGCACUCCACUACCGGCGACGACGAAGCGCUUGAACCUCUCCGCGAACGAUACAAUGCUCAGCACUACCGAUUGGUCAAGUUCUACUACGAGUGCUCCAACCUUCGAUAUCUUACCAGCCUCAUCACCAUCCCCAAGCUACCUCAAGAUCCCCCGAACCUCCUUGGCGAAGACGACGAUGCUCCUGCGCUCCCGGCACGACCAAAGCAGGAGAUCGAGCGACAGCCGACCCCUCCACCGGCGCCCAAGGACGAAGGCCCUGAUGAGAUGUCCGAAUUCUGGAAGAGCGAGUUGGACCGUCAGAACCGGGAGUACGAGGAGCAGCAGCGUGUGCUUGAGGAACGUCAGCAGCAGGCCCUUUUGGCGCAGCAGCAGCAACAACUCAAUGCGCAGCGGGAGUUUGAGGAGCAACAGCGCCUGCUGAUGGAGCAGCAACAACGAGAACAGGAGGCUCUCCUGGCUCAGCAGGCGCAGUGGCAGACUCAGGGUCGUCUUGCCGAGCUGGAGCGGGAGAACCUCAAUGCGCGCGCGCAGUACGAGCGUGACCAACUGAUGCUGCAGCAGUACGAUCAGCGUGUCAAGGCUCUGGAGAGCGAGCUGUCGCAAAUCCAGAACAGCCUCGGCCAGCAGAUGUCGAGCAAGGACGACCAGAUCCGAGCUCUUCAGGAGCAGGUCAACACAUGGAGGACCAAGUACGAGGCGCUCGCGAAGCUUUACUCCCAGCUGCGACACGAGCAUCUUGACCUCCUCCAGAAGUUCAAGGCUGUUCAGCUCAAGGCUGCCAGUGCGCAGGAGGCCAUCGACCGACGAGAGAAGCUCGAGCGUGAGAUCAAGACCAAGAAUCUCGAGCUGGCCGACAUGAUCCGUGAGCGUGAUCGCGCUCUUCACGACAAGGACCGACUGAACGGGAGCAACAAGGACGAGGUCGAGAAGCUCAGGCGUGAGCUUCGCAUGGCCCAGGACCGAGCCGACAACCUGGAGCGCAGCAAGGGCAACGAGCUCUCGACGAUGCUCGCCAAGUACAACCGCGAGAUGGCGGAUCUGGAGGAGGCACUGCGCAACAAGUCGCGCGCCCUGGAGGAUGCACAGUUGAACCUCCGAGAUGGAAGCUCCGAUCUUGAGCAGCUUCUCCGUGACAAGGAGGAGGAGCUCGAGGUCUACAAGGCCGGCAUGGAUCAGACCCUCAUCGAGCUCAACGAGCUCAAGCAGAACCAGGGCGAGACGGACCAUGCUCUCGACGGCCAGAUUGAUGCUCUGAUCCUGGCGAACCUCGACAAGAUCAACGACAUCAUCGACUCAGUUCUGCAAGCGGGUGUCGCGCGUGUCGACGAUGCACUCUACGAACUGGACUCUAGCAUGCAGGCCGGUAACCAGAACGCAUCUCCCACAUACGUCCUGUCGCAGAUCGAGAAGGCUUCUGCCAGUGCCAUGGAGUUUGCUACUUCGUUCAACAACUUCAUUGCAGAUGGUCCUAAUGCUACUCACGCGGAGCUGAUCAAGGCCGUCAACGUCUUCUCUGGCGCCAUUGCCGAUGUGUGCAGCAACACCAAGGGCCUCACUCGACUGGCAACCGACGACAAGAAGACCGACUCUCUAAUGAACGGAACUCGCCAAUCAGCGCUGUCGACUGUGCAGUUCCUUCGUGGACUGCAGAGCUUCCGACUCGAGGGCAUGGACCCUCUCCAGAAGACCGACGUGGUCAUCAACAGCAACAAUGACGUGCAGAUGAACCUGCAGAAGCUCAACAAGCUUGUUGAGACGUUCGCGCCGGGCUUUGGCAAGCUUGCCAACAAGAAGGGAGACUUGGGAGACCUCGUUGACCAGGAGCUGAGCAAGGCUGCGGAUGCUAUCGCGGCGGCGGCAGCACGACUUCUCAAGCUCAAGAACAAGCCUCGCGAUGGUUACUCUACGUACGAGCUCAAGGUGCACGACUCGAUUCUGGACGCAGCUUCAGCUAUUACCAAUGCCAUCACCCAGCUUAUCCAGGCGGCUACAGUGACACAGCAGGAGAUUGUGCAGGCGGGCCGGGGAUCAUCUUCACGAACGGCCUUCUACAAGAAGAACAACCGAUGGACAGAGGGUCUCAUCUCUGCGGCCAAGGCUGUGGCAUCGUCUACGAACACGCUCAUUGAGACCGCGGAUGGAGUCAUCUCCAACCGCAACAGCCCCGAGCAGCUCAUCGUGGCCUCCAACGACGUCGCUGCCUCGACUGCACAGCUUGUGGCCGCCAGCCGAGUCAAGGCUGGCUUCAUGUCCAAGAGCCAGGAGAAGCUGGAGCAGGCCAGCAAGGCCGUCGGAGCCGCAUGCCGCUCGCUUGUCCGACAAGUCCAGAGCAUGAUCAAGGAACGCAGCCAAGAGGAGGACCAGGUAGACUACUCCACACUCGGGGCCCACGAGUUCAAGGUGCGGGAGAUGGAGCAACAGGUCGAGAUUCUCCAGUUGGAGAACGCCCUGGCGGCCGCCCGGCAUCGCCUUGGAGAGAUGCGGAAGAUCUCAUACCAAGAAGAGUAA